GAGGCGGAGCGGAAGCCGAGUGCGAGGGACGAGCGGAGUAAAAUCUCCACAAGCUAGGAACAAACCUCGUCCCGACUCCCACCCCCCGGCCUUUCUCCAGCCCGAUCUGGAGGCUGCUUCGCCAGUGCGGGACGCAGCUGACGCCCGCUUAUCAGCUCUCGCUGCGUCGCCCCGGCUCAGAAGCUCCGUGACGGCGGCGACCGUGACGGGAAGUCCGCGGCAAGCUCAGUUCUCUUCUACUUUGGGAGAGAGAGAAAGUCAGAUGCCCCUUUUAAACUCCCUCUUCAAAACUCAUCUCCUGGGUGACUGAGUUAAUAGAGUGGAUACAACCUUUCUGAAGAUGAAGAAUAUACAAUAUUGAGGAGAUUUUUUUCUUUUUUCUUUCAAGUCUUGAUUUGUGGCUUGUCUCAAGUUACCACUUUUCAGUCAAGUCUGUUUGUUUGCUUCUUCAGAAAUGUUUUUUACAAUCUCAAGAAAAAAUAUGUCCCAGAAAUUGAGUUUACUGUUGCUUGUAUUUGGACUCAUUUGGGGAUUGAUGUUACUGCACUAUACUUUUCAACAACCAAGACAUCAAAGCAGUGUCAAGUUACGUGAGCAAAUACUAGACUUAAGCAAAAGAUAUGUUAAAGCUCUAGCAGAGGAAAAUAAGAACACAGUGGAUGUCGAGAAUGGUGCUUCUAUGGCAGGAUAUGCGGAUCUGAAAAGAACAAUUGCUGUCCUUCUGGAUGACAUUUUGCAACGAUUGGUGAAGCUGGAGAACAAAGUUGACUAUAUUGUUGUGAAUGGCUCAGCAACCAACACCACCAAUGGUACUAGUGGGAAUUUGGUGCCAGUGACCACAAAUAAAAGAACGAAUGUCUCAGGCAGUAUCAGAUAGCAGUUGAAAAUCACCUUGUGCUGCUCCAUCCACUGUGGAUUUUAUCCUAUGGCAGAAAAGCUUUAUAAUCGCUGGCUAGGACAGAGUAAUACUUUACAAUAAAAGCUCUACACAUUUUCAAGGAGUAUGCUGGAUUCAUGGAACUCUAAUUCUGUACAUAAAAAUUUUAAAGUUAUUUGUUUGCUUUCAGGCAAGUCUGUUCAAUGCUGUACUAUGUCCUUAAAGGGAAUUUGGUAAUUUGGUUGAUGUGAUAAGCAGGUAGGUGAGUUUUGUAUAAAUCUUUUGUGUUUGAGAUCAAGCUGAAAUGAAAACUCUAAAAAACAUGGAUUCAUUUCUAUAACAUAUUUAUUUAAGUAUAUAACAUGUUUUUUGGGCAAGUGGAGAAUAUUUAAUCAUUCUGUCAUUUGUUCUCAAUUGAUGUAACUGUUAGACUAAGGCUAUUUGAAAAUGUGCUUAUUUCUAGUACUAUAUUUUGUUAUUCCAAUUAUGAGCAGAGAAAGGAAAUAUAAUGUUGGAAGUAAUGUUUUGAAAUCAUGACCCAAAGAAUGUAUUCAUUUGCACUAUCCUUCAGAAUAACCGAAGGUUAAUUAUUGUUUAUUUUUAAAAAUUACACUUAUAAGAGUAUAAUCUUGAAAUGGAUAGCAGCCACUGUCCAUUACCUAUCAUAAACAUUGGGGCAAUUUAAUAACAGCAUUAAAAUAGUUGUAAACUCUAAUCUCAUACUUAAAUUUUUCUUAUAUUCUUGAAGAAUGAAAGAUAUUUUUAUGAUGAGA